UUUUAAAUUAAACGCUAUCUACGUUACCGAUGGGACCUCGCGAUUUUUUCAAAUUCCGAAAUCUAGUGGCGCUGCUGUUGUGGAGUCCCUUCUGACGCAUGCGCAAGAAAGCCAGGUUUCUUUCUCUACGUUUUGUCGAAGAAGCGACAUGUCGGCUCACAAGACGUUUAUAAUCAAGCGAAAGCUUGCCAAAAAGCUGAAGCAAAACAGACCCAUUCCACAGUGGGUUAGAAUGAGGACAGGAAACACCAUCAGAUACAACGCCAAGAGGCGUCACUGGAGGAGAACCAAGUUGAAGCUGUAAGCUGUCAACUACCUGGUACCUAUCAAUAUCAAUAUGUCAAUCUCCACCCCAUCGACUUGUUGAAUUCAAUAAAAAAACAAUAAAUCCAAA